AUGAGUACGUUACCGUCGAUUUCGGAUAAAAUUCAUACUGGUCUUUAUUGUACGGAUUGUGCUUGUCAAACUGAACGCGAUGAAAUUAUUCAGCUGAGAAGUACGACUAAAUUAUUAAAAAAUGUUCAUCAUGAGAUUGAAUUAGUUAAAAAUGAAUUAACAUUUACUCGGGAUAGUUUACGAUCGGCAUUCUACGAUGAAUUGCAAACCAAUGCGAAAACAAUAUAUUAUCAAUUGAUUGAUAAAAUCGAUGCACUCAGAGAAAGUCACCGAAAAGCUUUAGAAACAAUUCGACUGUCAUAUCGCAGCCAAUUACACGAUUUUAUCUCUCAAGCAAGAAAUAUUAUCCAAACCGAAAAGUCGUCGUCGUCGUCGGAAUCAGCUGCAAAUAAACAACGAUCAAACGCUGAAAAUCUUGAAAAAACUUUCUUUCAGCAAGCAGCUAUCAAAGGUUAUGAAACAGAAAUCAAUAAUUUAAAACUGGAAAUCGAACAGCUCCGAGAAACCUCCCAACAUGAAAUUAAACUAGCAACAUCGUUUCUUAACGACGAAAAAAGCCGUUUAAGUAAAGAAUUAGCCAUUGCCAAUCAAACACUAAACCAUCUAGAAGAAACGUUGACAAAACGAGAUGAACAAAUCCGAGAUUUGAAGUAUGAUCUAUCUUCGCUUCAAAAUAAGUUAAAAGAAGCAACAAAGAAAGCUGCAGUGCGUGAACCGGAACCUCCACCGAAACCUCCAACGCAGACACGUUUGGUACAAACGGACCCGUGGAAACCACCCGCUCCGCCAGUAAGUUCGACGCCGCAAAAGGAAGUUCUCAUUAUGAAAAAACCAACUGUCAUCACACUCGAGCCGGAAAAUGAAACUCGAUCAGCGAUGGAAAAACUCGAAGAAAAGUACGAAGAAAUUAUCCGAGAAAAAGACGAACAAAUUCAAGAUCUAUUACAAGAAAUCAAUUCACAACCGAAAAUUUCGGUCCAAAAUUCAAGAAUUGAAAAGCAUACAAAUACGGAAGAACGUCAUCGGAAUGAUUUAAAACGAUAUGCGGAAAAACAUCGACAUGAAAUUCAAAUGUGGGAGACGAAAUAUGACAUCCUUCAUCGAAGUAUGAUGGCUCUUCGUGAUGAGAUGUAUACACGACAAACACGAGUCCGCGAACGAUUCAAUGAUAAACCCGCUGUUUCCACAUGA